AUGGAGCUUCAAGGUGUGGCACGCUUAGUGUGGCUACCCGACAAGCUCCAAGGUGCUAGACUUGGAAGCUUGCUGCUAUGCCCUGUGACGCUCCGCGCGGUUCAAGUUGGUUGCAUCACCAACGACCUCAUCUCAUCAGCUCUCCAUCCCCCUCCAUCGCUGUUUCCCUCCUUCCGACCCCGCAUCCUAGAAUUAACCCACCUGGUUCAUACUUUUAACGAUCCGCUCGCUGCUCGCAGCUGCGACGCUGUAAUCAUGUCCCUCGACCCGCCGACGUACCUGGCCUCUCUUCAGAGCAACAUCCGUCAGCGACCUAUUCCCUGGGACGGUGCUGUCAGGGCCGGCACCCUCACCGAAGAGCAGUAUGCGAAAAUCCGAGUUGUAGAUAAGGCAAAGAAGCCCGAGCAAAGAAAGGAGAUUGUUUCAGGAGACAUUGAUGGAUACCGCGUCUUAUUUGUUGGCGAUGAAGGAAAGACCAGUGUCCUCGAGACGGCAGGAAAGCAUGCGAACGUGAUCCAGUACAUCCUCGUUUUACUUGGCGACCUUCUUGAGGCUGUUCCAUCCCUAGCCAAGGCUCUCUUCAAGACAAAGGAACCUUACCGACAUUUUUUGCCUCUACUUAACUCGACCAAUGCCGAGGAUCCUAUUCCAUUGCUUACAGCGCAUGCGCUUACCACUCUCAUGGCUCUUGCUCGAGAUGAGUCGCGAUCGACACUCCAGGCUUUGCCUGUGAUCUUCACCUACCUCUCCGGCUUGGCCAAGAGCAAUGAUGCUGGUCUACAAGAUAUUGCUGUGCAAGAAUACUCCGGUCUCCUCUUUGGACAUGCCGCGAGGGAGCAGUUUUGGAACCAACAAAGCGAGACAAUUGCGCCUCUUAUCAAGAUCCUCCAGACCGCUGCCAAUAUUGGAAACGGUGGGAGCUCUUCUGCUAGUCUCUGGAGCGGCAACACAGGCACCCCAUCUUCUGGCUUUGGAGGCUCCCUGGGUGGAGGUGUUGGACUUCAGCUUCUCUACCACGCCCUCCUUGUUAUCUGGCAGAUAAGCUUCGAAUCUGAGGAGAUUGGUGAUGACCUUAAUGACGAGUACGAUAUCGUUCUGCUUUAUACUCAUCUUCUACGACUAUCCCCCAAGGAGAAGACGACUCGGUUGAUUCUUUCCACACUCUACAACCUCCUCGACAAGAACCAAAAAUCACUUCUGCCCACCGCAGUUCUAGCUCGCCUUCCUGCUCUCCUCGAGAACAUCAGCGGCCGCCACUUGACUGACCCUGACCUACUGGAGGAUCUGUCCAAGCUCAAGGAAAUGCUCGAGGAAUACACCAAGACCAAGACUACUUUCGACGAGUAUAUUGCCGAGGUUCAAUCUGGCCAUCUUAGAUGGUCACCCCCUCACCGAAACACAGUCUUUUGGGCUGAGAAUGCCCGCAAGAUUCUCGAGUUCGAGAACGGAACGAUUCCACGAAAGCUGGCCGAGAUUAUGCAACAGCCCUGGGACAACGACAAGCAGGUUCUCGCCAUUGCCUGUAACGAUGUUGGAUGUCUGGUUAAGGAGGUUCCUGAGAAGAGAUACCAGCUAGAGAAGGUGGGCCUCAAGAGAAGGAUCAUGGAGCUCAUGCAGUCAGAUGAUGAGAACGUACGAUGGGAGAGUCUACGAGCGUUGGGAGGCUGGUUGAAGUACAGUUUUGAGCAACAGUAA